UCGAAAAUGGCGUCGUCUGGUUGGUUUCGUUUGUUUGCUGUUAGCCGUAGAUUUGUCGUAAAUUGUCCACCCGGGGUCCUGCGCUCCAAACAAAUUACUGGAUGGCAGUGCUGUGAAGGUUGGCAGGCAGUAUCAGCUUAUUGUUCCCUACCAAAAGACAAUGCUAGCUGUACUUAUCAAAAUGGUUUACCAGUUUUAUUUGUACCAUUACCAUCCAGGCAAGAACUAUGCCAAUUCACAUUGAAACCAUUCUCCCAGUCAGUGGGUGAUUUAUUACACCAGUUAACGCAAGAAGAUGGUGGAAUUGAAAGAGCUGUCAUUUAUAACAAAGAUGAUGUUAAAGUUGCCAAAGCAACUGGUAUUGAUAUAUUGAUGAAAGACAGUUUUAAAUUAGUCCUAAAUGAUACCAGUUAUGAUGUAACACCUCCUACGCAAGAAGUUGUUGACAGUGAAGAUGCUGAAAAGCUAUCUGAUGUCAAAGUACUUAUACAAAAGCUUUACACCACACUGAAUGUGGAGCAACAUCAGUUAAUGCAUGAAAAAGACUUGUUAAAAAAAUUAGAACGUCUGAAAGCAGAACUUCAACCCUUAGAGCAGAUAAAACAAGAUAUUGACUCAAAAGCUGUGAAGCGUACAAACAUAUUGAUGUGGGGAGGUCUUGGUUAUAUGGCAUUACAAUUUGGUUUCCUAGCACGUUUAACCUGGUGGGAAUAUUCUUGGGAUAUCAUGGAACCUGUGACUUAUUUUGUAAGCUAUGGUACAGCUAUUGCAAUGUAUGCAUAUUAUGUACUAACAAAAGAGGAAUACAUUUACCCCAUUAUGAGAGAUAGACAGUACCUGUUCACUUUCCAUAAAUUUGCACAGAAAAGGCAAUUAGAUGUUGGCAAAUACAACGUCUUGAAAGAUGAAAUAGCCAAGGUGGAAUAUGACAUCGAAAGACUCCAGGAUCCACUCCAGUUGAACCUUCCUCUCCAGCAAAAGCAGUCAAAAAAGAUUUUUCUUCCUGAACUUCCAGAUAAUGAGAAAUCAUCAUAAAGUUUCUUUAGAACUAUUAUUAUUAUUAUUACAAAUUCCAAAUAAAUUGUACAUUGCUUGUCUUAGUAAAACAUUAUUCUUCUGGAAUAUAGUUUUGAAGGGGGUUAUGUUCUUUAAUUACCACUUUUUGCGAAAUGUGCAAACCUUGAUUUUUAAUAGCAUUGUGCUAAAACUAGAUUUCUUUAUUAUGGCCCUGUUAAAAAACUAAAGAAAAAAUAAGACAUAAAUUGGGACUAAUAAACAUGGCAAGUGGUUGUAGGACUUGAAAUGCAUGAAUAUGAAUAAUGUGAUUCUAUAUUGAGAGUAAAGUGACAUACAAUAGGCAAUUGUUUCAUAUGUUGCUGUAUACUAGCACCGUAACUACAGAUAAUAACACAGAGUUGCUGGUACAAGCCAUUAUCACCAUUUUUUCAGGCUUUUUGUUCUCCUGAGUGCUUGACUUUCCAACAACAAAAUAUGAAAAUUCAGAUCUCUGAUAAUUUUUGAAUUAAAGUGCCAUAAUUGCAUAGCAUGAUGUCAGGCACUUUAAUCCACCAAGUUACCAACAAAAUAGUACUUUUACAAAUUGAUUUUCAUAUGCUCAGUAUCAACAAUUUGCAUUACCCACACAUUGAGAACUUUGCACAUUUUACAUAAGGGCUUUUUUUCUUUGUGUUAACAUUUUGUCCCUUUUGAAAAUUUUAAAAUGUGUCGUCAUGGCUAUUCAUUUGUAUUUAUUCCUGGUAUAAUACACUGAGAAUAAAUGCAGAUAUUAAUAAAUUAAAAAAAGAAAAUUAGUAUUAAAGUGUUGAGUCUGGGAUAUUCACAGAACUGCUAAAUUACUUGUUACAUUUGUAUCUGAAUUAUAUAUCGUUACAUGAGGGCACAAUUUAGAUAUGCUCAUUUAAUGAAAGUGUAUAGAGCAGAAAAAUACAAAUACUGUCUAGUCACACUUGUUCAGAUUUGGAGCAUGAAUCAGUGGUUAAAAUUUUACGUACGAAGAUUUUUAGUUUAUAUAACUCUCUAUAGAAUGUUUUAAUUAUCAAAUUAGAAAAAAUACUUGUUAUGUCUACCUCAUGUAAAAACAGUAUACUGUCACCUCGUUAUAAUGAACUUUUGGGGGACAUACAAUUAAGGUAGAAGCCUACUCAUAAAUUAAAAUACCCAGAAUUUAUUCAUUUUGCAAUAAACUGAACUCCAAGGCAAUAUAAGGAUAUUGACCAA